UGAAACCGGAAUUUUAUGAGAAGUUGGCCAGAGUGAUGAACUCGGACCAGGAAAGGCCGUUCAUGUGCAACGCUCCUGGCUGUUCUCAGCGAUUCCCCACAGAGGACCACCUAAUGAUACACCGACACAAACAUGAGAUGACCCUUAAGUUCCCCUCCAUAAAGAAUGACAACAUGUUAUCAGACCAGACACCCACGCCGACACGUUUCUUAAAGAACUGUGAGGAAGUGGGAUUGUUCAGUGACCUGGACUGCUCUAUUGAGCAGGAGUUUUGCAAAGCCCAGGAAGAAGAGGACAGUAAACAGAACAUUUCACUGCAUGGCCCAGCAGGCCAAGGCCAGCACCAGCAGUCCCACUCACGGAUGGGAAAUCAUGAUACCAGCAUAGUUAUCCAGCAGGCCCUGCCCUCUCCUCAAUCCAGCUCUGUCAUAACUCAGGCUCCAUCAACAAAUAGACAGAUAGGGCCUGUCCCCGGCUCUCUGUCCUCACUACUGCACCUACGAAACAGACAGAGGCAGCCUCUGCCAGCCUCCAUGCCUGGAACUCUGCCAGACCCAACCAUGCCUGGCUCCUCUGCUGUGUUGAUGCCUAUGGAGAGACAAAUGUCCAUGGGCUCCAGUAUGAUGGGCAUGCAAAGCCCUGCCCACAGCAACUCCUGCUCCUCCACUCACAUUCCCUCCAUUCACUCAGAGGCCAAACUGAGGUUAAAGGCUGCACUUUCACACCACCCCGGUGCCAUUGCAAACGGCAACAUGAACUCCAUGGGCCACAUGAUGGAGAUGAUGUCAUCACGGCAGGAGCAAGGCACUCACCAUCACAUGCACUCACAUCCACACCAGCACCUGCAAGCCCCUCCACAUGCAUACCAGCACCACGGACACCACCACCACGGCCAGGGCCAUGGUCAAGGUGGACACCAUCACCCACAGGGACACAAUCCCCAUCACAACUCCCACAACCCCCACCUUCACCCCGGGCACCCACACCAGACCUCACCGCACCCUCCAAUGCACUCUGCUUCACAGAUGUCACCUGCAACCCAGCAGAUGCAGCCCACGCAGACGUUGCAGUCUCCGCCACCCAGCGGCGGACGGCGCAGGCGAGUAGUGGACGAGGAUCCAGAUGAACGCCGGCGGAAGUUUCUGGAGCGAAACAGAGCAGCUGCAACGAGAUGCAGACAGAAGAGAAAAGUGUGGGUGAUGUCAUUAGAGAAGAAAGCAGAGGAGCUCACUCAGACCAACAUGCAGCUUCAGAAUGAAGUAACAAUGCUAAAGAAUGAGGUGACCCAACUCAAGCAGCUUCUCCUCACACACAAGGACUGUCCCAUCACCACUAUGCAGAAAGAGUCCCAAGGUUACCUCAGUCCAGAGAGCAGUCCGGCAGGCAGUCCAGCCCCAGCGUGCUCCCAGCAGCAGGUCAUCCAGCACAACACCAUCACCACCUCCACUACGACUGUAGGGGGCAGCAGUGUGCACGGGCAGGCCAACCACUGCACAGACAUUAACCCCAUCCACUAGGGACAAAAGACUGUAACCUCAGCUCCAGCCACGAAUCCCCCUGCCACCACCCAUGCUUUCUGAGGGUCGCCAGCUGCACAUGCUGCUCCUCACUCUCCAUCAAGAAAAACCUCAAAGGCCUGUGAGGCUGUUCUUUAUACAGUAGCUACAGUAUCUAUUUUUAUAGACUAUUAACGCAUAAGUUUUUUUUUUUAAUUUGUUCUUUUUAGUCUGCUUUUUUGUGCUUAGUGGAAAGACAGUUUUGUUAAUUUCAUGCACCAUUUCAGUGACUUUUUCUGUUGUGUAAUGGUACAAAAUUGAUCACGGUGGUCAUGAAACCAGAGGAAAGAGACACACGCCUCAGACGGUCAUCUCUAAAAACAGGUCCUACAUCUCUAUAUGCCCAACGGACUGAAUAAUGAGUGACCAUAAGCUGCGUCACAUGUUGACAACAUGUUGAGCAUUCGCACCAUGUGGAACAAACUGAAAAAAUCUGAAUAACUGAGCGGGAUGUUGCUGCAUUUUGGUUGUUGUUUAAAGUCAAACUUUGGACACGAUGUCUUGAAGACAGGAAUAUGCAAGCAGGUGAUCCUUUUCUUUUCCUAGAAACGUAUAUGACUGUUAACAAUCUUCCCUGUCAGCAGUAUUCUUAAAAAAAAAAAAAAAGCUUUAUAAUAUACAGCAUGACAGUGAAAAUACCAUAUGCUCAAAUGGAAGCAAUACAUCACAGUGUUGAUCAUUUUUUUCUACUGUAUGCCCACAUUAAUGAUCGGAAUGGCCAGGAACAUAUGAUGCUGUUACAGCGACAGAACUGUACACUGUGAUACCAGUGAGGCAGCUCAGCAGCGGAGACCAGCUCCUCCACUCUCCAGGACCAACUGAAGCUUUUAAUCAUUGAGGCCUCUUGUUGUGCGUGUUGUGCAUUCAGACCAAAAUGAAAUAACAUUUGAUUGAGUGUGUGCAUAGU